AUGUCCUACACCCAAAACGACCCCGAUGCGGCUAUACCAACAAUGCAUCUUUGCGACGGCUGCAAGCAGGGAACCACUUCUAGACUGGACUGCGCGAAUCUGGAGAAAGUCGUAUGCUUCACCUGUCCUCGUCGAGAUCACUUCAGCGGCGACUGUGACGACUUGAUACGCAAACGCAACCCUCCGUCAAGUGUACCAGCCUUUUGGUCCUCGCUUCCGCUGCGGCGGCUGUUUCCCACUAUCAGCACAAGAAGUUCCACAACAGAGUCAACGGAUGGGGCGACUCCAACACCAUAUGAGAGCAAGGAAUACACCGAAAGGAAAGAAGUCGAGAUACAACUACUAGACUGGCAAGAUCGCUGCAACGAUGCUUUACGUCUGCUGCGAGCAUGUGAUCGCAAGGACGCCGCCGAUGCUUUGGAACUCCAGCGUCCAGACCUUCGCGGAUGGAAAGAACCCUCGGACAAGGAGUACACACAUGUACAUGAAUACGAAAAGGUUGCCAAUAUAUUCAGCGACCAAGUCCUGGUGACCCGGGAUUCAAGCCGUAGACUAACACGGAGGAAACAGCACCUUAACGCGACGAAGAAGUAUUGCCUUGCCAUCUUCCAGAAACUCGAAGCGUUCGACCUUGCGGAAGCAGGUGAGACGCCUUCCACCAAGUUCAUAAAUGAUUGA